AUGACUCAUUUACAAGCUGGUCUCUCUCCUGAGACUCUGGAGAAAGCUCGCCUGGAGCUCAACGAGAACCCGGACACACUGCACCAGGACAUCCAGGAAGUGAGGGAUAUGGUCAUCACCAGGCCGGACAUUGGAUUUCUGCGCACGGAUGAUGCCUUCAUCUUACGCUUCUUGCGGGCCAGGAAGUUUCAUCACUUUGAGGCCUUCCGCCUUCUGGCCCAAUACUUUGAGUACCGGCAGCAGAACCUGGAUAUGUUCAAAAGCUUCAAGGCCACUGACCCUGGCAUCAAGCAGGCACUGAAGGAUGGCUUCCCAGGGGGCCUGGCCAACCUGGACCACUAUGGCAGGAAGAUUCUAGUCCUCUUCGCUGCCAACUGGGAUCAGAGCAGGUACACACUGGUGGAUAUUUUGCGUGCCAUCUUACUUUCUUUAGAAGCCAUGAUUGAAGAUCCCGAGCUUCAAGUGAACGGAUUUGUUUUGAUCAUAGACUGGAGUAACUUCACCUUCAAGCAAGCUUCUAAACUUACCCCAAGCAUGCUACGAUUGGCUAUUGAAGGCCUCCAGGAUAGUUUCCCAGCGCGGUUCGGAGGAAUUCAUUUUGUCAAUCAACCGUGGUACAUCCAUGCCCUCUACACCGUGAUCCGGCCUUUCCUGAAGGAGAAGACUCGGAAAAGGAUAUUUUUGCAUGGUAACAACCUGAACAGUCUACACCAACUAAUUCAUCCUGAGAUCCUGCCCUCUGAGUUUGGAGGAAUGCUGCCCCCUUAUGACAUGGGAACAUGGGCAAGAACACUGCUGGACCACGAGUAUGAUGAUGACAGUGAAUACAACGUGGACUCCUACAGCAUGCCUGUGAAGGAAGUGGAAAAGGAGCUCUCCCCCAAGUCCAUGAAGAGAUCCCAAUCAGUAGUGGAUCCUACAGUACUAAAACGCAUGGAUAAAAAUGAGGAAGAAAACAUGCAACCUUUGCUCUCUCUGGACUGA